AUGCACAUCCAUUUAGUUGACUAUGCGCAACGCGACGCAAUCCGAAAUGAAUCGAAUCACGGAAUCGACCUCGAGGUUGGACCUCUGUCGUCUGGCUCCCAGGUCUCCUCGACAGGGCGAGAGAGUUCUAUCCCGGACGUAUCCACCACCGCAGCAGCAAGAGUCAACUCUACCGAUACAUCCAAACGCUGUAGACGACGCUCGAACACUGCCCGCUCCUACUGCGCCGAAGGGCUCGCUCCCGAAUCCACCUGGCAACCCGGCACAGAACCAGGUAUCGAUCCCACAAAACCGCUACCUUCAUACAGCUCAGGAUGGGCGUUGAACGUCCCUGGUGACCUACAGCGGCCUUGUGAAAUUACAGUGGUUGAUUUCUCCGAGAAUGAAAUGCAGCAAUACGAACUCGAUAACGAUACUCUCGAGCAAUUUUUAUCACGCGACCGAGAACCUUGGGUACAAUGUCGUUGGAUUAACGUCAAUGGACUAAGCUGGGAUGUGAUCAGAACUCUCGGUAAACACAAGGGGCUACACCGGCUGGCAAUCGAGGAUCUUGUCCACGCAACAAAUCGCAUCAAAGCAGAUUGGUAUUCGGACCAUGCGUUUGUUGCGUUGACAUUGCAGAAGCUAGUGGAGCUUCAGCAGGAAACCAGACAUUCUGAGGACGAAGACGAAGACGAACCUGGGGGUGCAUGGAUCUCUAAAUUCAGGAAGAAUUCAACCGCAAGCCAUCAAACCUCGACGACUAUGAAGCCGCCUACUAAGCGGCGUGUCAUCUGGGAGGCUCUCAAGGACAUAUUCGGAUCUAAACAAUCGUCAAUUCGAUAUGAACACAAAAAGGUCACAGUCAAAUCAAGCAUCCGGCCUGAUUUCGAUAGUUCAUUAUCAAAACAAGCCUCUCAAUCUAGAGAUGUCGCUUCUGCGACCCAAACUACAGCUCGGUCUCUCCAGCGCUACCGCGGUGGGCCAAACGAAGAUCGUAUUGAAUUUAUGGAGCGCCAUGCGGCACUUGCGUCCAAGGGACUCUCAGUAACAUUAGAGCAAGUCUCGAUCUUUCUUCAUGCCGACAAUACUGUCACAUCAUUUUUUGAAACGAGUGCAGAUGACAUAGAGGCACCUCUAGUGCGACGUUUGAGUUCUCCCGAGACUAUUCUUCGACAGUCAUGCGAUGCAAGCAUGCUCUUGCAAGCGAUUAUAGAUGGCGUCAUUGAUCUUGCUAUUCCGGUCACCAUGGCCUAUCAAGACGCAAUUGGGGACCUAGAGCUAGAAGUUUUGACUGCUCCAGAUAUUGACAAGUCAAAGAGAUUGUAUAUCUUGGCAUCUGAAAUUGCAGUGCUCCGCAAAUCCAUGCAGCCAACGGUGGCCGUGAUCAAUGCUCUCCGCGAUCACCAAUCUCAAAUUGGUCUCGGCGGCUUGCGCAGUCCCCCGCUCAGUCCCGGCAUUGUCCCGGGAGAAUCUUAUCUUCAUCCUCACAUCGGAACUACAAACUCUAUUUUGAAGGGUCUUGGUGGCUCGGGUAUUAAAAUCAGCACCAUGUGCCAUACCUACUUGGGUGACGUUUUGGACCAUUGUAUCACUAUUGUGGAAGGGUAUGAUGAAAUGCGACGUUCUGCAGACAACAUGAUUGAUCUUAUUUUCAACAUGAUCGGUGCCAACCAGAACCAGAGUAUGAAGCGACUGACACUUGUCACUUGUCUAUAUCUUCCAUUGGGAUUUUUGACAUCUUACUUUGGUAUGAAUUUCAACAAGAAUGAAUUUGCUGGCAUCAGACACAGUGACUCGUACUUCUGGAAGAUUGCGGUGCCAUUCGUGGUUGUGACCACGCUCUUGUUGAUGCGUGACAAAAUUCAGCGCUAUGCUGUCACCCUCGCCCAGCGACGACUAAUAUUAAGCUCAAGAAAGCAACGGCACCAGAAGAAGUGA